UUAUCAUAGUUAUCAAUGUCCUAGUAUUAGACACAGUUCAGUACUAAUUACAUCUGAAAUAGACAUUGUUACAUCUCUUGUGUAACUAAAGAUGCAGACAUUGGUUAUAAUCUUCACUAUUUUCACGAUUUCUUGUGCAUUUCCGAACGCAUAUGAUGAUAACGAAGACAUAGAUCACAUUGUCGGUGGGCAUAAGGCUAAUUCAUACAGCUAUAACUUUUUGACCGCUUUGUUACGUGAUGGGGAAUGUUUCUGUGGCGGAUCCCUUGUUACGGCAAAUCACAUUCUGACAGCUGCUCAUUGUGUCGAUUAUAUCAAACCUAAGGAUUACGGUUUGAUACAACUUUUACUGAAUACAUCUACUCUCAACCCACCCGACAAUGGGGCGAUUCAUAGAGGGGUGAAAAAGAUUGUACAUCAUAGAAAUUAUAAUUCAGCAACUAGUGUUAACGAUAUUGCCAUAAUUACGUUAGAUUCUCCCGUUGAAAAUAUAAAACCCAUACCCUUACCUCGUAUCGGAUCUACUUUGAGUUAUUCCGGUAUGUGGGCCACAGUAAUAGGAUUUGGACGUACAUUGAAAACCCUGGCGGAAGAUGAGUCGAGCGGGAACGGAUCUAAUACGCUUAUGGAAUCGUCCUUGCAAGUCAUUAGUAAUUCCAAUUGCUCUGAAAUGUAUUCCGAAAGUAAAGAAACGAAAAUAAGCGCCUCAAUGUUAUGCGCUUACGCUGCCGGAACCGAUACUUGUCAAGGUGACUCGGGUGGACCCCUGAUUGUUGAAGGGACUCAAAUUGGCAUUGUCAGCUGGGGAUAUGGUUGUGCUGAUCCCAAGUAUGCCGGAGUCUACACUAGGCUGACCUUUUUCUACACCUGGAUUAGAUUUAACCUAGUUUAAGGGCAUUUUGUUUUCAUUGUGGCUAAAAGGAAAUGAUUUUCUCUUAAAUCAAUUAUUUGGACCGUAAAUAUUAUAAAUACACGAUCCUAUGCAC